GUAGACCCCGUAACGGUCGAAAGUUAGUUCAUCAAAAUUCCGUACGAUGCGUGCUCUCCGGUUCUUUCUGGCUCUCGCCCUCCAACUCACGGCGUGUAGCAGUCAGUACAAAUAUGGGCCAGAGCAAUUUUGGGACCUAGAUUCCAUCUCUGAGUUAAAGGGCAAGGAGUUCUGGUUCCACGAUGCCCAACGCACCCUCUAUGAGAAGCUAUCCCAGCCACCAAAUCAGUAUCGGGCCAAGAACGUGAUCUUCUUCCUGGGCGAUGGUAUGUCCGUGCCCACUGUAACCGCUGGAAGGAUCUUCGAUGGUCAGCAGCGUGGAGUGGUGGGCGAAAGGAAUCGUCUGGAGUUCGAGAAGUUCAACUACGUGGGCCUCUCAAAGACCUAUUGCGCCAAUAAACAGGUGGCCGACUCUGCCUGCACAGCCUCGGCUUACUUGUCCGGGAUCAAGGCCAACCACCUGACCAUCGGAGUGUCCGCCGAUGUGGAGUUCAACGACUGCAAAGCAUCCCGAUUGCCCCAGAAUCGUCUGUCCUCCAUUGCCGCCUGGGCGAUAAAGGGUAGCAAAUCCGCCGGAUUGGUGACCACCACGCGGGUUACCCACGCCAGUCCAGCAGGAGUUUAUGCCCACACCUCGAACAGGGACUUCGAGAGCGACUACGAUGUCACCAAGUUUGGCCAGAAUCCAGGAAAUUGUCCGGACAUUGCCCAGCAGUUGAUAGACGGAGAGGUGGGCAAGCGAUUGAGGGUGGUGAUGGGUGGUGGAACCAUCAAGUUCCUGCCCAAUACAACAGCGGAUGUGUACGGAAACAAGGGUCAGCGGUUGGAUGGAAGGAACCUCAUCGAGGAGUGGCAGCAGACCAAGCCCGGCAAAGCUAGGGUGGUGUUCAAUCGCACGGAUCUCCUGAACAAUGAUCCCGAGAACACGGACUUCCUUUUGGGCCUUUUCAAUGCCACCCAUAUGGCCUAUCACAUGGACGACAGUGUGGACACGCCCACGCUUCCGGAGAUGACAGUGGCGGCCAUCAAAGUGCUCUCCCGGGAUCCCAAUGGGUAUUUCCUGUUCGUAGAAGGAGGCAGGAUCGAUCAUGCCCACCACGAGACCAAGGCCAAGAAGGCUCUGGACGAAACCGUCCAGUUCUCGGAGGCUGUAAGGAAGGCGCGGCAACUGACGAAUCCCUGGGACACACUGAUCGUGGUGAGUGCGGAUCACGGACACACGGUUAGCAUCAGCGGCUAUCCGGAUGUGAACAACAGCAUUGUGGGUCUGAGCUCGGAGCUGAGCAAUGUGGACCAGUUGCCCUACGCGACCAUAUCCUAUGCCAAUGGUCCGGCCUACGAGAAAUUCUACAAAUCAACGGAUGGAGAAGUGGAGCGCGUAGAUCUCAGGACCUUGGACUUUUCGAAUCCAGAUGCUGUAUAUCCACAUGGAGUGCCCAUGACUGAGGAAACCCAUGGCGGUGGCGAUGUGGCCGUCUAUGCUCAUGGUCCGUGGUCUCACCUCUUCACUGGAGUCUACGAGCAAAGCACCUUACCGCAUUUAAUGGGCUUCGCCUCAUGUCUAGGACCUGGAAUUACGUAUUGCGAUUUACAGCCCAAGGCGAAAUACAAUCCAUAGAUAUUUAUUUUAUGAUAGAUAUGAAUAUAAAA